UGUUGUAGACAUGAGAGCGAAAAAUCUGCAGUGAUCCGGCUCAGCGCAUCUCGUUCUUUUUCACUUCUUAUAGAUUUUCGUGUCGAUUUCACACAGAUCUCUGUCUGCAAUCUAUACUUAAUGUUUAGUGUUUAAUUUUUUCGUUGAACCGGAAGACCUAAAAGAAAUCAAAGUUCUCAAGGAGGUGACAUCUGGCUCCUGCACACCUGACUUCAUUGAAUGAGGUUUAACAUCAAUUAGCAUUUGUUUUGGUUCGAUACCCUGACUAAAUUAAGCACGCCCAACAUUCAGUUGGAAGCAGCUGGACACGCAUUCAUAUAAAUCUGCAGUCCAACGGUGACGAGCUGGCGCAGGUUGUGGGUUGUCCGUGGAUAAUGCGAGACAGUGGCGGUAGCCUGGCCCAGAACCGCUGGCAGGGUGACCUGGGUCUGACCGCUGUGGGGCAGGACGACACUGGAGGAGGUGGGAUUCCUGGGGACCACCUCAUCGUCCCAGUGUCGGGCCACAGCGUACCCAGCCCCAUGCACCUCCGACUGGGGCAGAAAGAGAAGGUGUGGACGGGCGAGUAUGUGGAGGAGGAGGAAGAGGAGGAUGGCAUUGUUAGGAUCAAGGCAAUGGGUGAUGAGGAGGAAGAUAACAAUCUGGAUGGCGAAGACGAGUUAGAGUUUGAGGGCAAGGGCUGGGAAAACGAGGAGGAGGAGGAAGAGGAAGAAGAGGAGGAAGAUGAAGAAGAUGAAGAGGAGAAUGAUGAGGAAGAGGAGCCGGAAAAUGACGGAGACCAGGCGCCGUUGGAGUGGGAGAUCCCAGACUUUCCCUCCCAGUCCAGCGAGCUCCCUCACUCACACCUACACCACCAUGGACUACAACAGAAGGCACAAGAUGGGGACGACGUCGCGGGGGCCGCCGCCGCCUCCCAGGCCGAGGGGGGGGACGUGUUCCGGCCCCCCCUCAGCAGGUACCGGGUUCAGAGGAGGCCCCGGCGCUGGCAGCGUUUGAGGACCCAUCGAGGUCUAGGCUUCCGGCUCACCAGGCACUGGAAGAGCUGGCGUCAGCGGGCACAGUGGGUCUGCUCCCAGGGGCUCCGCUACCGGCAGAGAGCGCACCACCUGUACGGCAAGCAGAGGAGGACAAAAAGGUACCAGAAGUCUCCGUACUCCGACGGCGAGGAGGACAGCAACGACGAGAUGUUCACAGACUCUGAGAGAGAUAAACAGAUGAAUGGCUGCUCUCCAGACAAGCCAGAGGACAGAGGGAGGCGGGAAGUGGAGGCCAAACCUGUGGAGCUGGCCCUGACUGAGGAACACAUGAGUUGUGUCACAGGGAUCCUUGAAGAGUCUCUACAGCAGUACGGCAGUUUGAUCCCCAUCCAUGUGGAUGACAUCGUGGAGAAGCUUCAGGACAUCUUCAGCCAGAGCUUCUCACAGCCACACAGGAAAGCCGUGGUCCAACACCUAAUACAAUCCUUCCAGCGCUCGUCGGGAUCCGCCCUGGCUAAAACAUUCAGAGUCAACUACAAACGCCACGUCCUCACCAUGGACGACCUCGGCACGCUGUACGGACAGAACUGGCUCAACGACCAGAUCAUGAACAUGUAUGGUGACCUGGUCAUGGACUCUGUGCCAGACAAGGUUCACUUUUUCAACAGCUUCUUUUAUGACAAGCUAAGGACAAACGGCUAUGAUGGAGUCAAACGGUGGACGAAAAAUGUUGACAUCUUUCAGAAGGACCUGCUGCUGAUCCCCAUCCACCUGGAGGUCCACUGGUCUCUGGUCAGUGUGGACAUUCCUCGCCGAGCCAUCACUUACUUUGACUCUCAGCGGACUCUCAACAGACGCUGCCCAAAGCACAUUUUUAAGUAUCUGCAAGCGGAGGCCAUCAAAAAAGACCAACAAGACUUUUUGACGGGAUGGAAGGGCUUUUUCAAAAUGAAUGUGGGUCGUCAAAACAACGACAGCGACUGCGGUGCUUUUGUGCUACAGUACUGCAAGUGUCUGGCACUAGGGCAGCCGUUCAGCUUCGGCCAGCUGGAUAUGCCCAGGCUGAGGAGGCAAAUGUACAAAGAACUCUGUCACUGCAAGCUCACCCUGUGACCCGCCGCCCGCCCGCCAUCUCCACCUGCUCCUUUAACAAGAUGGAGGGACAGUGAUACGACAAGACCGAGGGCAAGGGGAGCAAACGAUUGACUGGGAAAGAGAACAAAAACUAUUUUUCUCAACAUCCAGAGAAAUGACUUCUUUCUUCUGUUGUAGGUGAUGUCAUUGUUUCACUUUUUGUCUCUCUUUGCUUCCCUCUCUCCCCACCCUUUGAUAAAUGUUUUAAUUUCCAUGUCAUGGUUAUUCCUUUGUGGUUGACAGAGGCCAAGACUAGCUUCCGUUUUGGGAAUGUGCUAAUCUUCCAUCCCAUUGUAGACCACCGUUGUUCUAUCAAGAAGAUUUCAAUAGCGUACAGUCCAGAUAUAAACGGUUGAAGUCCAACCUGACUACUACUUUCACUUUUGGGUGGAGGGCAGAACGAAUUGAACCAGUCUGUGUAAGCUUGUGGUUAAUUAGUACUUGUGGAUGUACAUGCCUUCCAUCCAUCCAGUCCAUACAGUAUGUUGUGUUCAAAUCAUUGACACCCAACAUGAAACACACUCUCUACAGCCAAUGGUAUGUUGACAAUUCUAUCCAUCUAGUCAGCACAUAGCGUUUGUAAUGCAGCGUAACAUUUCCGAUGUUUAGUUGAAUUCAAGAGACAAUGGAACUUGCUAACUGAUGCUGCCAUAUUGAUGUCUGAAAACAGCAUAUGAAGAGCUACUCUAGUGCAUUUUUUCUUUAAGGAAAUCAGAAUUGACAUCCAUGGAACAGCCCACAUUUCAACCCAUGUGCUGGAAAAUUGCCCUGCCAUCACUCAACCCUAAAUAAAACAUCUUUAAUGUGGGAGACUGGAUCCGCAUCGUUGCCCAUACAAGCCAGAAUGACAUAUUGGCCCUGAGAAAGGGGCAUCUUUACAUUGCAUUUAUCUUUUUCUGUGUUUUAUCUGUCAGUAAAUGUGUUGAUAUGCUUAUUGCUUUAAACAAAUGGUGUUAAAAAGGAGGACUACUAAUAGGUUAUUUUCCAAGUAAAUACAAAACUGAUCCUCUGGUUAGUAUUUCUUUGAAAGUUUGACAGCCAUUUUGGUGAGGACCACGACAGCGACACAACAGAUUCAGUAUGUUCACAAUGGAGUUACAGCACCCUCCUCUUUUUUUUUUUAUAACUAAAGAAACAUUUUGUUGAUAGCGGUGUGUCUGUUUUUCUUUUUCUUUUGUUUUUCCAAACAGGAGAUGAUGCAACAGAGUUGAACGUUUUAUAUAUCUUCUACAAUGCAUUAUUGUUGCUAAAAAUAAAAAUAUGCGGCAAAAUUG